AUGGAGGAAAGAGAGUAUAGAGGUCACGUUGUGGUGCUCCCAUAUCCAAGCCAGGGUCACAUUAACCCUCUCCUCCAAUUCGCAAAACGUUUAUCCUCAAAAGGGGUCAAGGCCACAAUAGCUACAACUCGUUAUACUCUCAAGUCCAUUUGUACAGCAAACGUUGGUGUCGAGCCCAUCUCCGAUGGGUUUGAUGAGAGUGGCUUUGCACAAGCAAAAAACGUGGACUUGUUCCUUAAGUCAUUCAAGGCCAAUGGCUCAAGAACUCUAUCUGAACUCAUCCAAAAGUUUCAAGACUCUGGUUCUCCUGUGAGUUGUGUUGUGUAUGAUUCAUUUUUCCCAUGGGCUCUUGAUGUUGCUAAGCAACAUGGCAUUUAUGGAGCACCAUUCUUUACCAAUUCAGCCACGGUAUCCCACAUAUUCUGUCUCAUACACCAUGGUAAACUUUCAUUCCCAUUGAAGCUUGAAACUACACCACUACUCAUUCCUGGCCUACCUCCAUUGAACUUUCCUGACCUACCAAGUUUUCUUAAGUUGCCAGAAAGUUAUCCAGCAUACUUGGCAAUGAAAUUAAGUCAAUUUUCCAACUUGGACAUGGCUGAUUGGAUAUUUAGUAACACUUUCGAAGAAUUAGAAGCCGAGGAAGCGAGAAGCAUAUCAAAGCUCUGGCCAGCAAAGUUGAUCGGACCAAUGGUCCCAGCGGCUUACUUGGAUGGUCGGAUUGAAGAUGACAAAGGAUAUGGAGCAAGUCUAUGGGAACCUCUUGUUGAGGAUUGCAUCAAAUGGCUAGAAACAAAGCCACCUAAGUCAGUAGUGUAUGUCUCUUUUGGAAGCAUGGUCUCCUUGACAUUAGAACAAAUGGAAGAAAUUGCAUGGGGCUUGAAGGAGAGUGGCUUGCAUUUCCUGUGGGUUGUAAAAGAAUCUGACCAAGAUAAAUUGCCUGAUGGGUUUGUGGACUCGACAAAAGAAAUUGGUUUGAUUGUGACAUGGUGCAACCAACUAGAAAUGCUGGAAAACCAAGCCAUUGGUUGCUUUGUAACACAUUGUGGGUGGAACUCAAUACUUGAAGGGUUGAGCCUUGGGGUACCUAUGGUGGGAGUGCCAAAGUGGGCUGACCAAUUGACCGAUGCAAAGUUUGUGGAGGAGAUUUGGGGUGUGGGGCUAAGAGCCAAGGAGGAUGAUAAGGGAGUUGUGAGAAAAGAAGAACUUGUAACGUGUUUGAAGGAAGUGAUGGAGGGAAAGGGGAGCCAGCAGAUUAAGAAGAAUGCUAGUAAAUGGAUGGAGUUGGCUAAGAAAGCAGUCAGUGAAGGAGGGAGCUCUGACAAGCGUAUCAAUGAAUUUGUUCAGCAUUUGGUACAAAAGGAUAGGCAAUGAACUUUUCUAACAGUGUAUUAAUAUACAUGAGUGAGGAGAAUGUGUCUCAUACAUCUUAUAUAUGUAUCGUCUCUCACAAUAUGAGAAUUCUUAUAGUAUGUAAGGUUCACAUACUAUAAGAAAACUAAUACAUAUAUCAAAUGCAUAAGAUAAAUUAUUAGUGUUUUGUAGAAUAUGGCUUGAAUUAGGAGUUCGACUCCUUGUUGGAUUUGGAUAAUAAAUGAAUUUUAUUACUUUUGGGUU